AUGCCAGAAGGCAAGAACAGAAAUAGAAAGGGAGGGCGAAGACCUCGAAUAGAACCUACGGAUGAGCAACGAGCAGAUAUAAAGGAAGCUUUUGACCUAUUUGACACUGAGGGCACUGGAACAAUUGAUGCAAAGGAAAUAAGAGUGGCUCUGAGAGCCUUGGGGUUCGAACCUUCAAGGGACGAGAUUAAAAGGCUAGUUUCAGAAGUCGAGCGAAACAAGAAAGCCGUAGGCAAUACCGAAGGAGUUGACAAGCAUAGAAACUGUACGCAAACUCCCACCAUUGCACAAAACGCAGGGCAGCCCUCCGUCAGUCAAUUGGACUACAAUGACUUUUUGGAGAUUAUGACGAUAAAAAUGAACGAAAAGCCGACUCGAGAGCAGCUCAGCAAGGGAUUUCUAGCCCUUGCGAAUGGUAAGGAUGUUAUUACAUGGGAUGAUCUGAAGAAAGCCUCCAUUGAUUUGGGAGAAAAACUUUCAGACGAGGAACUACGGGAAAUGCUUGCACAUGCCUGCCGGAACAGGUCCACGCAUGUAACCGAAGAAGACUUUUUUCGAAUACUUAGGGGCUGA